GCUGUGUCAAAAACACAACAUCGGAAAUUUGCUCAGCUUUUACAGUAAUUUUGGCUGUUGCCAUGUCUCAAAAUCUGACUGAGAUAAAUUAGCCUAAACAAGAAGAUUCAUUCAACACCAGGCAGCAAAAGCCAACCACGUGUGUAUAACAGUGGCAGGAGCAGCCUGAACAUGCGGCCUGAAAUGUCAGCACUGCACACAGCAUGCCUAAUCAUGGGUACAUUUUAGAGGAACUGAAACCAAUGUAAAUGGCCCUCUGAAUUUAAGAUAGUUAUAUGUUUAGGUAUCCCAACCAGGCUAAAUAUAAAUCAAAUAUAUUCAGACGACUCUUUACCUUGUCAGUCGUCUCAGGCCUACAAACACCUUACUUCCACUUUUCUGCGGUAACUAGUUAGCUUUAGCCUCGCACCAACAUUCACGUAAAAGGAUUCCAACAGGUUGAAGACAUUUGAUACUAAAUUACAGUACGUUACGACAGUGAACUGACACAGGAGACAGGUUGAUAAGUGGCUGAAGAGGAUGAUGAUGCUCUCCUGAAUCUCCCCGCUCACAACCCUCUGCCCCCUUCAUCCUUCUCACCGUCCUCAUCCACACCACUGCCUUCAUCAUGAACCACACUCCAAGUCCCCACCUGUCCGAAGGUGGUAAGUCGGCUGCAGGUGGGCUGCUGUGCAGCUUGGGUUUGGGGUCCGACAGGGGGAUCCGCUCCCCGGACAGCCUCACCCACACCCCCAGCCCCACAGGUGGAACCCCCAGCUCCAGCCCCCCACUUCUGCUGUCGCCCGGGCUGGGAGGCCUUGGGCUGGUAUCGCUCGGGACCAUGGGUGAAGGAGCUGGUGCUGACUGGGAGAGCAGGGAGGAACUGAGGCUCAGGGAGCUGGAGGAGGCUCGGGCUCGAGCGGCCCAGAUGGAGAAGACCAUGAGGUGGUGGUCGGACUGCACUGCCAAUUGGAGAGAGAAGUGGAGCAAGGUUCGUGCGGAACGUAACCGAGCACGUGAUGAGGUUCGUCAGCUGAGACAGCGGCUGGACACCCUCACCAAGGAAUUGACCAGCAUUCGGCGGGAGCGGCAGGAACUCGCCUCAGAGAAUGAAACGCUACGGCAGCAGUCACUGCGUCUCCGUGGCGACCACAUGGCUCCUCCUCCAUCCGCCACUUCCCCCUCUUUCUCCCCUGCACACCAUAGUGGUGCCUCCUCCUCCUCUCCAUCUAUCCCUCCCUCCUCCCCUGCUUCUUCCUCCUCUUCCUCUCAGGUUCACAAUGACAGCAAGCUGGACAGGGUGGUGGCAGCACCACCAGGGUCUCCAGAACCAGAACCAGAACCAGUAAGGGACGUGGACUUGGAAAGACAAAAGCUAGGUCAGCAAAAGGACUUGGAGCUGCUGGAGUCUGUCCUGCGUUCCAGGGUCCCGGGCACUGACGGUCAGGAGGCCUGGGACAGUCGUGGUGGUAGCGGCGGUGUUAACACGACCAGCUCACGCUCAUCCGCUGGCCUGAGCCGGCAGGAGCGCAGCAGGCAGCUGUGGGAGGACAUGAGCACAGCGGAGGAAGACUCCAGCAAACUCAACGCCCUGCAGCUUCGCCUGGAUGAGUCCCAGAAAGUCCUGCUGAAAGAGAGAGAAGACAAACUUGCUCUGAGUAAGAACAUUGAGAGGCUGGAGGCUGAACUCAGUCAGUGGAAACUUAAAUAUGAGGAGCUCAGCAAGAGCAAACAGGAGGCCCUCAAACAGCUGAAUCUGCUAAAGGAAAUGCACCAGGAUGAGCUGGGCCGCAUAUCUGAAGACCUGGAGGAUGAAUUGGGAGCCCGAACCAGUAUGGACAAGAAACUAGCUGAACUACGAGCUGAGAUGGAGAGGCUGCAGGUUGAAAAUGCUGCAGAGUGGGGGCGCAGGGAGCGUUUGGAAACUGAGAAACUGGCCUUGGAGAGGGACAACAAGAAGCUGAGGGCUCAGGCUGAAGACCUGGAGGAGCAACUAGCCAAGAAACGCCGGCAGGCCGCCUCCGCACUCGACUCAGACCUCAAGGCCAUCCAGAGCGAGCUAUUCGAGAGAAACAAGGAGCUGGCUGACCUUCGCCACAUUCACGCUAAGCUGAAGAAGCAGUUCCAGGAGAAGACGGCAGAGCUUGCCCACGCCAACCGGAGAGUGGAAAGUCAUGAGGCUGAAGUCAAAAAGCUACGACUUAGGGUGGAGGAGCUUAAGAAAGAGUUAGGACAAGCCGAGGAUGAGUUGGAUGAGUCUCAUAACCAGACCAGGAAGCUGCAGAGGUCUCUGGAUGAGCAGGUUGAGCAAACUGAGAACCUGCAGGUACAACUGGAACACUUACAGUCAAGACUGCGGCGGCAGCAGCAGAGUCCUGGUCUUUUUGGGAAGAUGCGAUCAGCUCGUUUCAGCCCUGAAAACCCAGACGGUCUGACCAGCGACAUGGAUGAGGAGGAGGAGGAACUGCAGCUCCAGAUCCCAUGACACAUACACAGAUACAGUUACAUACAGUGACACAGGAUGUAUUGUACAAACAUUCGCAGUCACAUAAAGAAGGUGACCGCUGAUGUUUGGAGGAAAAACUUGCAUCUCCAGAAAUGUCAAAUUGUUUUUAUAACUGGAAGCAGCACUGUCUUCUGCUCAGCCAGCAAGUUUUUAAAGGAGCAUUCCAUAAAUUUAGGAAACAUGUCACCCAGAGUCAGAUCAAAAGAUCAGUAUCAUCUGAUUUCCUUAACUGAUUGCUGACCAUUUUAAUGAUCAAUAAUCAAUGUAUCAUUAAAAACAAAUAAAAAUACAAAAGCUAUAUCAAAUAAAAUACCCAUUUGUUUUUUUUUUCAAGGCGCAUACCUUAUUCUUACAUAAAACAAACACACAUUCCCAUACACUCUUGGAUUCACUUAUGCUUGGACAUACUUACAUAUUUAGACACACAGCAGCAAGAUCAAACCCAGCAAGAGUACGACAGACAUUAACAGCAUGUGCGAACAGUUUAAUACUCAAUGAAAGGAUCUUUGUUAAAUGGACUUCUUGACAAACUUCCACCAAACCACACUAGCAGAAGCCAACACAUAUUAUUCUUUCAGUGUACCCACUCUGUCUUACUUCAUAUAUUACAAGCAUUACAGCUGUCUCAUCUGAACUGUGCUACUGUAUUCAAACAGGACUCAACCCCACAUCUCCCUCAUCAGUGUUGAUACUUGAAACAUUAGCUGACAGCUAUGAGGAAAAAGCCUUAGCUUGAAAGUGUUUGAUAUAUCACAAGGGAAUAUUAAUCCUUUUAGGAAGUGACAUGUUAAUAAAAUGGUCUACCAAAUUUUAACCAGUAUUUGUAAAUUUGAGCUUUUUUUUUGUAAAUAUUAGAGAUUCAAAGUUUUUUUCUGAUUUAUUCAAAGUUCAAAACCAACACUGGGAGUACACUACAGAACUUUUAGUCUCAUUAGAGCCGCUAGUUGGAUAGAAUUACAGUGAAUGCAAAUAAGCUCUAUGCAGUUCUGCACAAGCCGAAAACCGAGACCCAAACCCGCCUGGUACUGCCAGGCUAUAAGGCUAUAUUUUUGUCAUUUCUUUUUUCAAAGACAAUGUUAUAUACUUUCUUUGUAAUGGUUUUCUCACACUUAAAAAAAUAAGUAAUCUGACGACAGUAAUAAACCAACAAAGAAUAUAGCAUGGCAGCCCAAUAGCUCCAAACAUAUAUGACCUACUAGCAAAUUAGCCAUAGGUUUAGUGGCAGCACACAGUAAGAAGUUUGUUCACAAGCCCGUGAAGUGAUUUAAAUGUUGAACUCUUGUCUGAAGAUGACAUCAGAACAUUGUCUGCAGAGCCAGUUAUGAGUAGUAUCAUAAGUCUCUGUAUUAAUCUACCCACCGCUACAAUGAUGGUAUAUAUUUUAAAAAUGAGGGCGAGGUAUGAUCUGUAAAAAAAAAGAAGAAAAGAAAAAAACAAGUAUUUCCGUCACAUAUUACAUUGUUUGAGGGAAAUGUUAAAUUAGAUAAAAAAUUAGUAAGGACUUGUAACUAUUAAAUCUGAUCAUUUCAUGAUGUAGUGUAUUCCCAGCAUGACUGGAGCUGCUGUGUCUCUUUCUGGUGUUACCAGGCACUAAUAUGCAUUGAACUGAAAACUGCAUAUUCAAAAGCUAGAGUUCAGUGGUAUUGUGCUUCAAAGGGAAGAGAUCUAAAGCUGAAUAUUUUUCCUUGAUGCAUUUAAGAUUUAAGGUUUAGGUUUUGUUCAGGUUUAAAUUUUUGAAAACGUUUUUCAGUCUGUAUUGUCAUUAUAGUUAAAAUGGAAGCUUCCUUUUCUGCCUACAAAAGGGUCAACAGGGUCGACAUCCAGAGUUUCACUGUACAGACCAGUAUUCCAGACAGCAAAGGCUAGAAAUAUAUCCAAAGUUCUUUGUUCUGUUCUGGGUUUAGAUGUGCAGAUAUUAAUUUUUUUUAUACAGUGUUUAUGCUGAUAUUCAGUAUUUUACAAUAUUGUAAUUUUCCUGGGUAAAAAACUCUGAAAUCCGAAGUAUUGAUAUCCAGUAAUUCCCUCAGAACUGUAUUCAGUCAGGGUGGAAAAGUUUCCAAAACAGCAUUUAGACCAUCAUGGGAUAAUGAAACACCCACCAAAGCCCAGGCCAAUAAAAUUCCUGUAGGCUUAAUACUCACAGGCUCCCUCAAGACGACCCAUGUAUUCAAAACUAGGGGGUGUUUUGGAUACAUUGGGUGUACGACUGAAGAGUUAAUUUAUUUGUGCAAAGCUUGGCUGAGCUAAAUGUCCUGUCUGUUAAAGACCUCUAGUCUAGUAGUGGAUAGAUGCAGUUGUGAAAGCAAUAGAACAUUCAUUGAUCCUCUACCACCAUUGACAGUCACUCUCAGUCUUGGCCUCAACUCCGAUGCUGAAAGGGGACCAAGAUAUUUUUACUGAUCAGGAUUCUGAACUAUUUAUGUUGUUGUUGUUGUUAUGGUUUAGUUUUUAUAAAUGAACUGUACCCAAGUGGAUUUGUAUUAGCUCUAUAAAUGUCAACUGUACAUAUAAAGAAAUGUGUC